ACGCUCAACUAUACGACCGAUAGGAUUAACGACAUUAUAUCACAAAGCCUCGCUUUUAUCCUUCCUCUCCCUGCCUCCUUAAGAUUUGCUAAUCCAUUUCCUUGGCCAAUAACCAUCUCAAACAUCAUUAAUCUUCAAUAGCGCCUAAUACUCCCCUUUAAUAAUGGUCAAGGUUCUUUCUACUUUCGCCAUCCUGUCCCUCUCUCUCUCCUUGGCCUUAGGUCAUGGCCAUUACAAUCUUGAAAAGCGUGCUGUAGCUAAAUGUAGUACUACUUACAAGCCAGUGGCCGUCAACGCAUAUCCAGCCUUGGACUGUACACCUUUCAUUCAGGACCCUCAGGUUCAGGCUUGGCUCAAGUUGGUCGAUUUCUCAAAAGUCCCUGUUUUCCCGCCAUCCAAGAACGGUGUCUGCCCCACAGAUUUGACUACGAUCCCAAAGGAUCAAUGUUGGUGGACAUGCCAAAAGUGUGAAGCCCCUGGUGAUAUCACAAGCUGUCCUAAGACUGGAACAUGGGGCCUAACUUACGAUGAUGGCCCCUCGCCUGACUCGCCCCGCCUGUAUGACAACCUCCUGGCCCAUAACCAAAAAGCGACUCUCUUUAUCGUCGGGUCUCGCGCCAUCAGCUUCCCCAACACUCUGAAGCGCGCCUAUCAAGAAGGUCAUCAAAUUGCUAUCCAUACUUGGUCUCACCCUUCCAUGACCAGUUUAACAAAUGAGCAGAUCGUUGCAGAACUCAAAUGGACUGAGAAGGCCAUUUUUGAUACCAUCGGAGCAACUCCACUCUAUUGGCGUCCACCUUAUGGUGAUGUCGACAACCGUGUCCGCAGCAUUGCAACCCAGCUUGGCUUUAAGACGUCUAUUUGGACCCAGGGUUUUGAUACUGAUGAUUGGAACAUUCCUGGAGGCACCGCUACCUCACAGUCAGUUGUCGACACCUUUAAGGCAUGGCUGACCAAGAUUCCCACCAUGAGCACCGGUUUCAUUGUUUUGGAACACGACUUAUUUGCUCAAGAAGUAGACGUCUCUGUCAAUGGUAUCUUGCCUAUUGCGUAUUCGACCAAAGGUUUAGUGAUGCAGCCUAUUGCUCAAUGCUUGGGUGAUGGUAAGCCCUAUAAGGAAGGAGUUGGUUCCUUCGUAUUGCUUCCUGGCUCAAAUGGGACCAAUAGUAAUGACAAUGGCAGUGGCAGUGGUGGCAGCAACGUCACUGAACCCGCCGCCAAUAAUGGAAACAAAAAUCCAAAUGCUGCUAUUUUUGCAAGCCCAUCAUCAGCCCUGGUGGCUGGCAUUAGUAUGACCGUUGCAACCCUUGUAGCCUUUUAUUAAGUAUAUUGAUUAAUUAAUAGAAAAUGAGGAUUAACACGUAGAUGGAUGGUUGAUCACUCGUUAAAAAAAAAAACUCGGGCCAUGACCCUCUAAUGAAAUUACGUAAAAAAAACUCGGGCCAUAACUCGCUAAUGAAACCACGUAAAAAAAAGGCUGUGGCUGGUCGUAUA